AUGGGCUGGGCUUUGAGUAGUGUCAGCCCUGUAAACUCAUUUUGGUUUAAAUUUUACCCUCAUCUGUUUUCCAGUCAAGGCCCUCUGUCGUCCCUCAGAGCUGCGUUCAAAAGGACUUCUGCGAGAGCACAUUCUCACAUCGACUGCACGAGAGACAGGAGACGUCCAGAGAUAACCAUCCUAUCAGCAGAGCCACUGCCGUCAAACUCGUGGCUUACUGGGUUUACUGGAACUCCUGGGACGUUCCUGCCUCCCCCUGAUUCCUCCCAGUUUCAGUGGGGCGGGAGGAACGCAACCACUGCUGAGCCCCCACCAUCCUAUGAGCAGGUGAUCAAAGAAAAGACCCAGGAGCAGGUUACCUCGCCCACACCUCCUCCCCGCCGCUCCCAUACCACGACCAUCGCUACUCAGACCGAGUCGGUAGAGGAGGACCCCACCGGCCAAGAAUCCUCGGACACGUCACAGCGAAGCGUCCCUGGAGCAAAAAAACCUCAGAAGCCACCCAGACUGUCAUUAUCAUCCAGAUCAAAGGCAGCACCCAGAGCAGCCUUAGCUAAACCAGCGGAGGACGUCCUCACCACACCUACUGAAGAUCACACAGAUUCUUAUGGUCAGCGAACCUCAGCCAAUACCAGUCUAGAUCGUUCCUGCAGUGACCAAUCAACAUCAACCUCAGUCCUGUCUGAGUCCCCUAGUCCCUUCCUGGACACAACCCCUGCCUUGCCUGAUCCCACUUUUGCUCCCCCCACUGAUCCCGUCCCGAUAGCACGUCCUGUUCCACGCCCUCGAUCCAAAUCCAAACCGGCCCUCACCCCAGAGGUCAAAGUCCAAACUCUAGUUAGACUGCAGGACAGCGGAAAUGGAGCUCCAGUGAUUAAUCCAAACAACUCUCCAGUUUCUACGGGGAAGUAUCUAAAGGAACUCUUGGAUGUUUUCAAUACAGAUAUCCAAGUUGACCAAGCUACCCCUGACAAAGAUCAGGAAGAUCAAAGUGACCCGAGUGAGGAAGACUCUGACACAAUGAGCGCCCUUCAUAGCGACCGAAACAUCCGCGCGAGGAUUCAGGCUUUUGAGAGCCAAACCGGCGAAUAUCAGAGCGACGCCCCUGCGCCACGCCCUCGAAACAGUUUGACCAAACCUCCAGUGCUGGCGCCCAAACCCACCGUCGCCCCGCGGCCCUCCAUCAAGAAGCCCCCGGUAGUGCCGGUCGAAGAAGACAACUACUAUGAGGAGGUGAAUCCUUUCCCAGAGCAGGACGAACCUGACCCAACAUCACCCUGCAGUUCUGUUCCAAAUAAUGACCCCGACCCCAACCCCUUCUCAGCAUUUACUGCUGACCCUUUCCAGGCUCCUGCGGCUAAUCCCUUCACAACACCUGUGGUCAAUUCCCUCCCAAAAGCUGCUCCACCUCCGCUGCCAAAACCUUCUCCACCUCAGCUGCCAAAACCCGCUCCAUCUCAGCUCCCUAGGAAACCCUCUGUUAUGUCCCGAGAGCCAUCGACGUCUCAACCCCCUGUGAAAGUCCCUCUCAUUCCCCCAUCACGACCUUCUCUAGUCAGAACCAAGAAUGUCAGUGAGGAAGACCCUGUGAUCAAAGGGCCCCCAACGCCACUGAAACCCAGCAAAGAUCUGCUGAACUACAAUAACCACAACUCCACCUCCCUGCCCUCCACAUCACCUUCAACCAGGGUAGAGAACGAGUAUACGGAUACACCCAACAUUCCGACUCCCACACUGCCUCCUCGGGGAGCAGGACCAAGCCUCAGUCGGCAGAGUGUUGCCAGGAGGCCCACAGUGAUCAGAGUUCCCAGCAAAUCUGAGAAACAGAAUCCAGAUUUCCCCCCUCCCCUUCCUGUACAGAAUCCUGUGGGGGGGCCCACUCCCCCUACAAAACCAGCUCAGAGAGGCAGCCUCAAACGGGACCCUUUAAAGUCGUCCGUGUCCACUCCUGACCUGUGCCUUCCUCCUCGACCCAGCGGGGGUAAAGCGCCCCCUCCUCGCCCUCCCCCGGCUAAAACGGCACCCGGACGGCCGCCCCCUCCUCGGAAAGCCGGAUCCCAGCGAGCCCCCUCUACCAAUGGGAGCCCAUCACACACACCCCCCAAGCCUCAGCAGGGCGGAAGAGCGGCGAAAAAAGGACCAGUUCUUCCUCCAAGACCAAACCCUGGUCAUCGGCUCUACAACAAAUACACUCUGGAAAUUCCCCACGGCAUCGCUGUCUGCGACCACAAUGGCAGGAACAGUGGAGAACUUUCCUUCCAGAAAAACGAGGUGCUGGUCCUACUGGAGAAGAUAGACAGUAAAACAUUUGAGUGUCAGGUUGGUGAUGCCAAAGGAACCGUCCAGAAAUCCCUCAUGAAAAUCAUCACACCUCUGUCUGACUUCAGUGACCAUCACGAACCACAGGGUGUCGGCUCAGUCCAGUCAGGUGGACAGGGAGGCGUGUUGCAGGUGCAGGCUUUGUUUGACUUUGUCCCAGAGGGCCCAGGAGAACUUGCUCUGAAGGCGGGUGACGUGGUGUCUAAGGUGGAGAAGUUGGACAGUGAGUGGUAUCUAGGCACGUGUAAUGGGAUCACCGGCUUCUUCCCCAUCAACUACGUCAAGACACUGUCUGGCUCAGCGUCCAACCCCUCACCUGAGAGGAGAGCCAAGGCCCAGCCUGCAGCAGUCAGUGGGCCGAGGUGUGUGGCACGGUUUGACUUCGAUGCUGAACACAGUGACGAGCUGACGUUCUGUGAGGGAGACCUGAUUAAGCUGGUUGAGUACGUGGGUCUGGACUGGGCACGUGGAGAACUGGACACACGCGUUGGCAUCUUCCCUCUCAACUUCGUGGAAAUUGUUGAGGAUCUGCCACCACCACCAGCCCAGCAAACUGCCCCGGCCAAGAUAGCGCUACCUGGCAUGGCUGCGUCUCCAAAGGUGCCAUCAGAGCCGAAACCUCAGGUCGGUCAGGCUCAGUCUGAUGGGGCAGAAUGGGCCGUGGCUCUCUAUGACUUCACGGCAGAGACGUCUGAGGACCUGGCUUUUAAACAGGGCGAUUACAUCCUGGUCACGGCACACGUGGAUGAUGAGUGGUGCAGGGGCCGGCUUAACGGCAGAGAGGGCUUCUUCCCCAAAGCUUUUGUGGAGACCAGUCCAGGUGGAGUCCUUUCAUACUAAGAACAAGCAGGAACAUAAUAAAAGCGUCUGAGACCACACACACACA